UUUUCGAACGUCCCAGUUUUGCUUGCCAAAAAUGAUCGCCGUUUAACGAGUUCUAGACCAACGAUUCAAUUCUUGUAACAAAUAUCAUCAAUCAGUGUUUGGUAAACAAGAUAGAAUAACAAUAAAUCAAUGGUAAAAAUGGUAAUGGUUGCAUGAAAUCAAGCAACAUUGUUUAAGAGAUGGAAACCUUGAAGUCUACAGCCUUCAAAGACCUCUUCAGGUAUGACUCAAGGUAACAUAUAAAUACAUAAGUAACAGGACGUCGACACGAAUUCACAAAGUAGGUUACGUUGAACUGUGGGGAACGGAUAGAGUCUAGCUGUCGUUUUCGAUCAUUCGUACGAGGGAGGGAGCAUUGAUUCAACCGGGCCAGGGCAGUCGAGGGUGUCCCCGUCAAGAAAACAGUGUCCCCGGCUGUCAAUUAUGUGCGCCGCUUAAAUGGCUGCAGAACUCAACGUGACUGAACGGUGUAAUACGUUUAGAAAAGGGGGAGAGAAGCCUAGGUGUACGGCUUCCGCGGUGGUCACUGUCGUGUGCAGUGCACCAGCUGCUCCCCUCGUAGCAGUCAUGAAACUUUUAUAUCGUUGCACGGCCGAAAAACAGCGUCGUUCAGUCGGACCACGGUGCUUCAACUGGAAACUUUCCGCUCGUCAACAUCAGCCUGUCUGACUCCUUUGGAUAGACUUUCUAUCAGUGGAAAAUACACGGAACUAGUUGAUACACUAGAUAGAAUCCAAGAGAAUCUUCGAUCAGGUUGUUUACCGUGGACCCAACAUUGAUAAACUGGGCUACUCUGGAUUUGAUUCGGAGCCAAACUCGUGAAUAACAAGCACGAACCCUGUGAAAGUUAAAGAAAGUCAUUCACAGUUGUUACAAGUAUUAGAAGAAAGGGAGACACAUGCGGCUAGGUUCUGAUAAGGUGUCCAUAAUGAAGUGAUAAGCCUUCUUUGCCUUCCUUAUUUCAAUUGUCUAUAUUCUUCUUGCAUCUACUUCAAAAUGACUAAAAAUAUUUUUAAAAUGGUAAAUUUUAACUAAGGAAAGCAGUUAUGUAGUCUGGUUGAAACUAAAAAGAGUAACUCUUUAAGAAGGUGAAAGAUUCUCUGUGGAUUCAAAGUGGAGCACGUUGCUAUUAACCUGAAAUGCGGCCGACGAUAAUCGUAAACACACACGGGUGGAAGAGCGUGUUCCCGGCCAAUUGUUAUCCCCGUAGUGGCCCUUAUCACGCGAUUUGAUAGAUCCGAUCGGAACGAAUGCGGAUAACGCGUUCUCGGUGGAUACUCGUCACGAUAAGUAGCGUGUCCUGCGUGAUCCUGUCGUCUUCGACGCGAUCGCCUCCUGAUUCGACUCACGAGCCCUUGGGGAGCUACGGAAGAAAAUCAUGAGACUGUAUCUUUCUGGCCGAUAAACGUGGCAAAUAAAAAGAGUACCACCUGAAGGAGAAACGGUAGCAGACGCUCGAUAAUGGCGAUUCUUAUAGCUGGAAUCGAGCAACUCGUGGGGUUCUCGUGCCCCUGAAUGGCUUAUCGAUUAAACACGAUACAAUGACACGUAUCGUCUCGGCGAUAGCACGCCUCCCCUUAUGUCUUUUCUGAAGGUGAACAAAUUGUUGAACGACGCCCUUUGCCACGUGUACCGACGACGAUGACGUUAUCUAAGGUCGUGGCCUUUCUCAGUCUUCUCCAUUUGGCGGCAGCCAUCGAAGAUCAAACUGUAUGUCCCAAGAAUAGAAGCGUGUUUGAAAUUCCUGGUGAUGCUGUGUUAUCUGUGUUCCUGGAUGUUAAUCAAGGACCAUAUUGCAACAGUACAUCCAUCAAGGGUCUACAAGAAAUUUUCACGGCCUCUUACGUGAUACAUGCUUUAAAUAAAUACGAAUUCAUAUCUGGAUUUACUCUAGGUCUGAAAGUCUUCGACACCUGCCACGACGAGAUGACUGUGUACAAACAGGCAUUGCAAACGGCAGUCGACUCCGAUUGCGAGGAUCGUUACGAAAUGGGGAUACUGUUACCAUCGGAAUACUUGGCGAUUCUAGAGCCACUUCGUAAUUACAGCGUAUUACCGAUCAGCACCUACGACGAGCAGAAUUUAACGAAACCUUUGAUCAGUCUGAUGGUACAUUACCUGACCACGAGAUUCGAGACGGUCGACGUAGUGCUAGCCAGCUCUGACUACGCCGUGAAUUUGUUCCUGGACAUGACUAAAGAGGCUGGCGUUUGCGUGAAGCGUUACGGUGAUACUUUAGAGUUGGACGAAAGUGAAACGGAAGUUGUGAUCGCUGUGGUUGGUCAGAGAAACGAUGUGAGACAGUGGAUCGAGAGAGGAGAGAAGCUUCAAGGAGCCAGGAAAACCUGGGUCGUAUUGACCCUCGAUGGAUCCAACGUUGACGACCUAGUUCCUCCAGGCUCCUACGUCAUCAAAACGUCACCGUUCGACUUGGAAGUCCUACAGGAAACCUCCUCGACGGAGGAGUUUCUUCAGGCGGCCAGCAGUUCCGUCAUCUACUCGCCGCAUCUUCUGGGCAUCGGUAAAGCGAUCGUCGAGCUGGCGCAGUUGUUACAGGAGCUACACAAAAGAAAUUGUCCUCGAGGAACGGAAGGUUCUUGCGUGAUGCCCAGGUUCAGCACUCACUCGAAACUGGAGAUCCGAAACGCGGACGUAUACAACGCACUUCGCAUACUACCGAAAUCACACUCAAUCAAGUAUAUCGUGGCGAUGAAGAGCCAGGAAGAGCUGAUCGAUAUAGCCGUAUACAGGAUCGAACCGGCUAAUUCUAAAUUCAGGAUCACGCCGGAAUCGAGGGUACCCAAGAUGCCGAAGCUGUGCGUGAAGAAGUACCUGAAGAACUGUGAAGACUGUUCGAAUUUCAAGAAGAGAUUCGGUCCACGCGGUGUGACCAAAGAUACACUCGACAGAGGUUUAUUAAAGCCGGGCAACUGGAUAGCAAUUUUCCUGACGAUGGUUGUGUGCGGCACGUUCGCCUGCGGCGUGAUCGCCUUCUUCAUUAUCUACCGCUUCAUCGUCGAGGACGUUCUCGAUGGGAAUCCAGCGUUAACGAUCGUCCUGAUACUGGCGAAUGUUUUCACAUUGCAGACGGUGCUACCGUUCUGCAUCAACGACGAUUACAUAGACGCUGAAACGUUAAACUCGAGGAAGAUCUUAGUUACAACGCUGGCGUUUGGAAUCGAUUACUCCGUGAUGCUGUCAAGAGCGUUCUUUCUCGUGUUCUCCAAGGGUGGUGUGUUCACAGCUCACAUAAACGGAUACCUGCAGGGAUUGAUGGUGUUCUUCAUGUUCUGCGUCCAACUAGCCCUGUCCGUUAUGUUCUUUGCGCUCAGUACCGAUGAUUCAACCGUGGUUGUGAGGAGUCUUACUUUCAUCGCUUUGCUAAGCUACGAUAUAUUUCUACUGGUCACUCUAUUCGUCGUGUGCUUCUUCAUAUCACGAUUGCCACGAAAUUAUCGGGAAGGAAAGUGUUUCUUCGGUACGUCGAUCGGUCUGUUAAUCACCUGGGCAAUCUGGUUGACCUGCUUCAUCCUUGUGGAGCCAGAAUGUCGCGACAUGGUCGUCUGUUUCGGCAUCAUUGCCACGGCGUACUUAAUCAUCAUCGGUGUGCUGAUACCGAGGACCUAUUACAUGAUUAAACACCUAGCUAGGGGAAAGGAGUUUGGACAGAGAUUUGGAUCCGGUGAUCUUGUUACUGAUCCAAGGAUUAGUACUAUUGGAAGACAGAUUAUCGUUUUUAACUGCAACCUUGAUUUCUCGAUACUUUCCUUUUCUUUCUUUCUGUUGAAUAAAGAAAAUUUACCUGUAGUUAUUACACCUUUUAUUUUUUUACCCCCUUCCUCUAUACUUGAAAAUGUGAAAACUUUUGAGAGAAUUUUAUCUGCACAGACUCGUCCGUUUUACGAUUACGUGCACCCAGGUGGAGGAAGUACAACGAAUUUACAGGUGACAUCUGCGUAUCCCAAUUAUUACGGUAGCUCGAGUCCGAAUCAAAAGUACCUGGGUCCGUACAGGAACUCCGACACGAGGAGAAACCCUGGAUACAACAAUUACGGAUAUCACUCCGAAAUGCGAGAAGUGAAUAACUCUUACACUGUACCUCAAGUCUGCAUCGAGGAUGCGGACUCAAGGACCAGCCCCGUGGAACGGAACCACGCGAGCCUGACGUACGCGCGUCCCAAAUGUCACCGGAAACGGAGGACCAAAGACGAAAAAGACUGCAUAGAAACCGACGUGUACAUCGAGGGUAACUACCCAUCCGCUCGUAGGAUACACGACGAGAUUUAUCCUGCGAGAUCCUGCAGUCCUAGACUAACUCAAACCGAGGCGACCAUCCGCGAAGAGGACGAAGAGGACAAUGUGACCAGAAUAACCCGAUUCUGAACCGGUGUUCAUAUCGUAGUCACGGGACGCAUAGAAAAACGUCCUCGCGACGAAAUAAAUCACAAGUUCCAUCCCAGAGAUUUGUUGUCGGUCGACCCUCGUGAAGAAUCUAUUUCUUUUUGAUCCGAUGUUUUGUAACGAGAGAUGUUCCAUAGAUUUUCAUGGAGUUCUUCUUCUCCCUAGUUUUCUAUUUAACUUCCUGUUAAACGUAAUACAAAAAUUUUCAAUUUAAAAUUCUUCAAAAUAUUCUAAAGUGUAUUAAUCAACGAAACUAUAAAUAAAGAAAAAAUAAAGUUUGAUAAAAAAAUAUCUUGUAUGUGCAGAAUUUCCUAAUACUCUCGAACUGUCCUAUUAUCGGUGUAAUUAAAGUACAAAACGAAGCAGACCUCUUUUGCGAGAAGAAAGGACUCACGGUGGAGGGAAGCAAUUUCGCGUGUUUCCUACCGAAAAUUGCAUUAUUGUCGAUCGUAAUUCCGCAAUCAGGGCACAGGUGUAUGCUCCGGAUGAAUAUCGAUGACAGUGCCGUAACCGGAAACCAGCGUUGUUCGCAGUGGU